AUGGCUAGCUAUGCUACUGGACAUUACUUAUUCUCAAGUCGGAAGUUGGACGAGUCGACGACUGUUCGUAUAGAAAAGUACAAGUCUUUCCUCCAAAGAAUCACAAAUUCUGUUAAUAUUCGUCAUGAAGGCGGGAAAAUCAGCAACAUAAGUUUAGUGAGGUUCUACAUGUUCAGUAAUUCAACCGUCUGGAGCAGCAGCAAGGAAAAGGUGCAGCUAAUUGCAAACGUUUACAGACUCCAUAAAGAUGAGACCUUUGAUAUAGUUAGGGCGUUCACAGCUCAAUUUGGUAAUUGGAAGUAUGAUGACUGGCAAAAUAAAGUGGACAACCAUGUCGUUUUCAAGGCUGUGAAAAUUAUCAACAGAACAAACGCCGACUCCGCCAAGGUAGAAGUCCUCAGAAUUCCAAUUCCCGUUUAUACAACUGCAGAAAGUUGGUUAUUGUAUGUGCACAACUGUAUGAAGCACUACUGGGAACAUGCAAAGCGGUUACAAAAGAAAGAACAUGGAACAAGUCGAGUACUGGAGAAGUUGACAAAGCUGUUUCCUACGCUGAUUGAAGACAUGUAUGCGGGGUUGGCCCAGGCUCUAUAUGCUGAUAAAGUUAGACAUCCUCGGUUCAUGUCAAGGGAGAUAGUGAAAGGGGGUAAUCGCGGCAUGAGAAGCAAAGACAUUUCAAGGAGUUCGAAAAAAUUUAAUGAAUGGCAGUUACUUUUUGAGUAG